CCCGAGAUUAGGCCCGACGGGGACCGUCGCCGUGUUUGUUGACAAGUUGUCACCGAUGACGACGGCAGCUGACAGCGCGCGCAGUCACGUGCUGCCGAAGGUCCCAUUGUCCUUGCUGAAGCCCACGGAGCGAGAACGUGUUUCAUGUGUAAAUAUAGUGUGCGAAGCGGGAGAGAUAAUCUCGGUUCUCACAGUGAGCCUGGCGGCCAGUUCUUCGAGUUAAGCCCGUUUGCGAUCAGUGGAUUGCAGCUAUGGACAAGGACAUCGCGCUGCUGCAGAUACGCUUGGAAAGGCCUCUCUACGAACACGAGACGCUGAACCAAAGUUAUGAUUACGAGAAGCCAAAAUCGUCCUUGAUGCGGGAUGUGAUAAACAACGUUAAAUCGAAGAAUUGGCAGUCCUGCGUGGCGUCGAUGAUACCAGCAAUACGAUGGCUCAGCCGAUACAAUUGGAGGCAAGAUACACUACCCGAUAUCAUUUCAGGACUGACCGUGGCGAUCAUGCACAUACCGCAAGGUAUGGCCUACGCCCUCCUGGGAAAUCUGCCGCCGGUGGUCGGCAUCUACAUGGCCUUCUUUCCCGUCUUCGUCUACUUCUUCCUCGGCACAUCCAGGCACGUGUCCAUAGGAACUUUCGCUGUGGUUUGCCUAAUGACCGGCAAAGUAGUAACAUUUUACUCGAACCCGCACGCGGGACACGCGUUCGCGAAUGUCUCGGAUGCCGUUUCGCAGGAUCUCGAGGAUGUCGCGCAUGUGUAUACGCCUAUGCAGGUGGCGACGGCUGUGACGCUGAUGGUCGGAAUAUUUCAGAUAAUAAUGUAUACAUUCCGAUUAGGCAUUGUGACAACAUUGCUGAGCGAAACUUUAGUCAACAGCUUUACGACCGCGGCUGCCGUUUACGUUUUAGUAUCGCAAAUCAAGGAUCUCCUUGGCCUUAGACUGCCAAAGCAAAAGGGUUACUUUAAACUGAUCUUUACUGUUGUAGAUGUAUUUAGGGAACUGAAGAAUACUAAUAUAGCUGCUGCAAUAGUGUCAACUGUAUCAAUUGCUAUUCUUGUUUUUAACAAUGAAUUUCUGAAGCCAAGAGUGAGCAAAAAAUGCAGCAUACCAAUACCCAUUGAACUUAUUGCAGUGGUUGGUGGGACACUGGUCUCCCGUUAUUGCGAUUUACCAAAGAUUUACAAUAUCGAAACCGUCGGGCAUAUUCCCACGGGACUUCCUAAGCCAGAGGUGCCAAGCUUCGAAUUAUUACCGUUGGUGUUGGUCGACAGUAUUGCGAUAACCAUGGUUUCGUAUACCAUCACUAUAUCAAUGGCGUUGAUAUUUGCGCAAAAGCUCAGCUACGAUAUAGAUUCAAAUCAGGAACUUCUUGCAAUGGGAUUUAGUAACGUAAUGGGUUCCUUCUUUUCGUGCAUGCCAAUAUCGGCUUCCUUGAGUAGAUCUCUCAUUCAGCAAACCGUUGGGGGACGCACGCAGAUAGCGAGCAUCGUGUCCUGCUUAUUAUUGCUCAUCAUACUGUUGUGGAUCGGACCAUUUUUUGAGCUUCUACCGAGAUGUGUCUUGGCCUCCAUAAUAGUUGUAGCGCUAAAAGGGAUGCUUCAACAAGCCAGUCAGCUUGUUAAAUUUUGGAAACUGAGCAAGGCCGACGCUAUAAUUUGGAUCGUGACCUUCCUCGUUGUGAUACUGAUAAAUAUCGACAUUGGAUUACUCGCGGGACUGCUCGUGUCACUAGUUAUAAUUCUACUGCAAGUCAUUCGGCCCUACACGUGUUUGCUGGGCCACAUACCACAUACAGACCUGUACCUGGACAUGGGUAGAUACAAAGCGGCGGUGGAGAUACAUGGGAUAAAAAUAUUUCAUUACUGCGGGACUUUGAAUUUCGCCAAUAACAGCUACUUCAAAUCUAUCGUAUACAGACUCGUAGGAGUGUGUCCACGAAAAGUCAUCAAAUACAGGAACAAAUUGACCGAGGAGGGUCAUUUCUUGGAGAACUUGGCGAACUCGAAAGGGACGUGCAAAUUACAGUGCAUAAUCAUGGAUAUGAGCGCGUUGAGUUACAUCGAUCCCAGUAGCGUUCAAGUAUUGCACGUAAUCGUGGAUGAAUUCACACAGGUGAAUGUCGAGUUUUACUUCGUCAAUUGUCCGAGUCCUAUUUUUGAAACUAUCAAAAAAUGCGAUCUAUAUGUCUAUGGGACGAUGCCAUUGAAAAUUUUUGCAACUAUACAAGAUGCCAUCGUUUAUUUUCAAAAUGAGAUUACCUCAAGAUAAUAAAAAAUUAUUCUCUAUUAUAUCGCGUAAAGAAGAGAUACAUGUGUAUGUGUAUUUUUGUUAUAACUAUUAAUGUGUGAUGAAGGAAUGAAUAUGCUUUCACACCAUUGUUUUUCUCGAUAUUACGUUUUCGCAAGAUACUUGCAUAUAUUUUGUUCGUGAAAAUCAGAGUCACAAACGUGAGAAUUAUAGUUCUUGCUUAAUUCUUUUUACAAUGCAGCACAAGAUGCAUUGCGUUACGCAAUUGAUGCAAACUGCAUUGGAAGAGAAAUGAUAUAAAUGUACUUUGCAGUAAAUAGUUCCAUCCAAUACUGUACUUAAAAGAAAUAAUAAUUUAUAAAAAAUUCUUUUUAUCUGCCCUCACAUUGAUUUAAUAUUAUAUAUUGGUAACAUGUUCGAAAAUUCUACAGUUAUUUAUUAACCACCGAAUCGAAAAGAGCUUCCGGUAUAUUUUACAUAUCUAUUGAACAUGGGUAUGUAAUAUUAAUUAAUUUUUGAUAUAUAUGUGUGUAUGUGCGUGCGUGCGUGUAUAUGUAUAUACAGGGUGUUAAAAAAAGAUAGGAACCCCUGAAUAACUUCAAAAAUAUGCAAGAUAGAGAAAAAAAGUUUCCUACAAAAGUUGUAGGACGCAUAAAACUAUGUAAUGCAUUAAAGCCCUACAACUUUUGUAGGAAACAUUUUUCCUAUCUUGUAUAUUUUCGAAGUUAUUUGGGGGUUUCGGUCUUUUUUUAACACACACAUUACACGAAGUAAAAAAAUUCACACUAGUUUUUGACAUCGUAGUUCAAUAUAAUUGCAAUAAGAGAGCGGAAGCAUCGAUAUAUCUUGUAAAAUGUGUUAAAUUGUUAAUCAUUGUUAUAUCUUGGAAAGAGGAGAAAUAUAAAGCAAUAUAGCAUA